UGUCGACGAGAUAGCAGCAAGCGAACGAAUUGCCAGCCGCAGCCCGCCCGCCCCGACGGGGAACACGAGAACUGAACCCGGAGCCAGGAGUCUGUGCCCGUGCGUCUCUGUCCGUGCCCGUCCCAAGUGUCGCCCUUGCGUGUAUGUGUGCAGUGCGUUGUGUGCGCCGAACCACGCUCAGUGACCGAUCGAUCGAUCAACACCCGAGACCUUUGACCUGACGCGGUAGACAGAGCCUACGGCUCUGGUCUCUUUGGCAAAGUGUCCGUGUUAGUGUCUGUCCACAGCGAAGUAGCGAAGCGAAGUACGAUCAGUUCUGCGAUCAAUGAGUGUGUGGUGUCAGACCGCGAAAGGAUCGAUCACCCGCAACCGGAGCGAACGACUGACAAGUGACUAGAAGACCGAAACCAGAGGCCGUUCCGUGUGCGGCUCCAUAGUGUCCCUUCCGAUCGGCAGCAGGCUCAGACCUUUGAAUGUGUGCCUGGAUUGAUUUCAUUUUCAUCUUCAACAAAAACUGCUCGAAAAUAGUGCCACACCCGGAGCUAACCCAGCGACGACUUCCCGGGCUCCACGCUUAUCCACGUCGCUUCGGAUCCACCAGCGCGACAGUCGGUGAAAGAUGCGGUCCGCGUUCGUCGGUCUGAACACGGUUCUGGUCGUGGCGGUGGUGACGGCACAGCUACUGCUCAGUGAAACCAAGGCCACGUCCACGCCCGACAGCGAUGCCUUGGUGAGCCAUAUAACGCGCUCCCGCUACUGUGGGCGCCGUCUCACGGAAACCCUGGCCUACCUGUGCCAGGGACGGUACCCGAUGCUGACCCAUUAUCGUACCGAUUACUACCACGAUCAGCAGCAGCAGCAGCAGCAGCAGCGGGUGAAGGUCGAGGUGGCAACACUGCCGGACAGUUUGCCGCCCGGCUUCCCGUACCCGGGCACCGGGGUGCACCGGCGGAGCCGCCGCAGUUCCGGCGGCAUCUACGAUGAGUGCUGCAAGAAGAGCUGCUCGUUCGUCGAGCUGCGCGCGUACUGUGAUUAAGCCGCCGAUGGCUGACUCUGCGUCCAACGACUGGCAAGCGGUGUGAUGAGGAAGCAGAAGCUAGUGGAACGUAUACACUUGCCACUACCGACGAGAAACGACGCAUCCUUGCAACGCAUCCUUCGGUGGUGGCCCAGCGGCAGCAGCACCGUUGACCGCACUAACUCUAAUCAAUCGCUUGCGUAUUAUUAUCACUUUUAUAUACAUAUAGUCUUACCACGUAUAUGCGUAUCUACACCCAAGCACUGGUUUAUUUUAAUGUUCGCAGUUCUUGCCCAUGUCUUUAUUAUUUAAAGUAAUCUCCCCACCCUAGUAAUGAACCUGGGACCGUUUGGGCAUCUCAAGCGUCUCAAGGGUUUGGUGCGCGUACCUUUGAAACCCACGAAGAUCAC